AUGUCACAGAUCACUGCUAGCCAGGCAGCUGCACUGGCUUCCUUCAAGGCAUCAUGCGCCGAGAGAGGACUUCUUGAGCAUGCUGAUGAUUUGAAAGAUGGAGACUUACCAGAUGGGAUAACUGACGACAGUACUCUUCUACGUUUCCUGGAAGGCAACCAGAUGGACGCUUCAAAAGCUCUCAUGCAAUUUGAAGAAGCCACACAGUUCCAUAAAAAGAAUGAAGCCGUUAAACUGUACGAUUUGAUAAACGUGACUGAUUUUGAGGACACUAGGAAGCUUUACCCGCACUGGACAGGUCGUCGCGAUAACCGAGGCUUGCCCAUCAUGAUGAUCGAGAUGUCCUCCUUGAAUCAAAAUUCAGUGACCCAUUGGCGCCAGACGAAGGACAUGCCCAAUUGCAGUACCGAUACAUCCAGAAAGACUAUAUUGUCUCCCAAUAUGGCACAGCGAGCUUGUGUACAUCACGAUUAUUCGACACGUUUCAUAUUCCCACUUUGUUCUGCAAUGCGAGAUCGACCAAACCCGUCUGAGCGAAUAAGGAAAUCUAUCUAUAUCGUGGAUGCAUCUUCACUCUGUCUGAAACAAGCCUGGGACCUGAGAGAGUUUGCUCAAGACAUUAGUUGGAUACUGUCGACCUGUUACCCUGAGACCAUCGAGCGGAUUUUUGUCUGUAGUGCGCCUUUAUACUUUUCCAAGAUUUGGGGAGUUCUGAAGAGAUUUGUCAACCCAGCAACUGCCGAGAAGAUCGUGGUUUUGAGGACAGCUGAAGUUUAUCCCACACUGAGCAAGUACACCGACCAUAAACAUAUCCCUGUUCAAUUCGGUGGAGAGUUUGUCUUUACGAACGGCAUGCUUCCCGAUCUGGAUGAUAAGAUACGGCAGGAAUCACAAUGGGUCGGCCCUUUCAAUGGAGAUCUUCCUCCUGGUCCCAUCAAAUGGGUUCGGGAGUCACCAGGACACAUGAAGGCAGCAGCCACGGGGACUUCUGAUGGGGUUCGGAGAGCAGAAGAUGUUGUUAUCAUGAAGGACAAUGAUUGA